AUGCGACCUCGCCGCGUGAGCUCCGCUUCGAACCCGUGUUUGGUAUGCUGCCACAGCAUCGACAACGUGACGCGCUUCCACGCCGUCGGCCCGUGCAACCACACGGGCUGCUGCUCGCUCUGCGUGCUGCGCAUGCGCCAGAUCCUCAAGAACAACCACUGCUCGCUCUGCAAGACCGAGAUGCCCCGCGUCAUCUGCGUCACGGACGAGACGACGACGUUCGAGAGCUUCCAGGACUGGGGCGACAACAUUGGCCCGACGCACGUGUUUGACGAAGCGUCGGCCAUGUACUUUCUCAAGGACAACUACAAGGCCGUGGUCGCGAUGCGGUCGUUCGCGUGCCCGGUCGCCAAGUGCCCGGAGAAGACCAAGUCGUUCGCCAACUAUGGCGCGCUCAAGAACCACUUGAGCGCCAAGCACGGCGGCCAGUCGUUCUGCGAUAUCUGCGUCGAGCACAACAACCUCUUCAUCCAGGAGCAGACGCUCUUCUCGCGCGAGGGCUUGAAGAAGCACACGACCAAGGGCAACCCAGAGAUGGGGUUUAGCGGCCACCCGAAAUGUGAUUUCUGCGGCCAAAAGUACUACUCGAACCAAGAGCUGUACGAGCACCUCCGGAAGAACCACUUUGAGUGCGAGAUCUGCCUCCACGGCCACGGCAUUGAGAACCGGUACUACAAGGACUACAACGACCUCGAGAAGCACUUUCGUGCCGAGCAUUUUCUCUGCGAAGAGAACGAGUGUCUCCAGAAGAAGUUUGUCGUCUUCAAGGACCACCUCCAGUUCCAGUCCCACAUGGCCAACGAGCACCCGCAUAUCCGCACGAGCAAAAAGAUCGACGUCAACUUCUCAGUGCGCCGCGGCGACCGCGAAGGCCGCGACGCGUACACGGGCUAUGGCUUUCGCGAAGACGAGCUCCUCGCUGCUGGCAUGCUGCCAUCGGGCGGCAGCGGCGAGGCUGGCAUCACGGUCGCCGACUUCCCCGCGCUCUCGAACGCUGACGCGGCGUACAACAUGACGUUUUGGCAGAGCCAGAACAAUGUCCGCAUGCCACGCCAAGAAGACUUUCCCGAGUUGGCACCGUCCGGGCCCCCGCCCGCGCCGGUGUACCGCAACGCCAUCGCGCCACCCCCGACGAUGGCGAUGCGGGCCCACCUCUACGGUGGCGACCAGUGGGACCACCCGGAGCUGCAGCAAGCGGCGAACGCACUCGGCGUCAACAACCCGCUCAUGCGCUUUGUCAAGCCCAAGAAGAACAAGAAGAAGAAGGCGACCCAGCUCCUCUCGGACCGCCUUGAAGAAAACGACGACGAGGAAGAGAAGCCGCCGGCACCUGCCCCGACUCCCGUGGCUGCCCCGGCCCCGACGCCGGACGUCUCGGUCGUCGAUUUGCUGCAGGAGGCGCUCGGGAGCGAGGCCAAGUUUAUCCAGUUCCGCGAAGUGUGCAAGAAGUUUCGGCAAAAGGACAUUCCCGCCGUGUCGUUUUACAGCCUCGCGCGUGCCAUGUUCCGACCCAAUGACUUCGUGCGCCUCUUCCCCAAGCUCAUGAGCCUCCUCCCGGACGAAAGCCAAGUCGCCGAGGUCAUGGCGCUCCACCAAGGCAAAAAAGCGGCUGGCAAAAGCAAGCAAACCAAGCCCGAAUCCAAGCCCGCAGCGCCUGCGUCGACAUCUCCUGCGUCGACGUCGCCGGUGCCCGCUUCGUCGCCGACACGCGCAGUGGCGGCGGCAGCUGUCCCGGCGUCGUCUCCAACGCGUGCCGUUGACCUCUUGAGUCGUCGACAAGCCCCGCCCUCGCUCGGCGACGAGUCGUGGCCGGCGCCGGAGCCCGUGGCCGCCCCAGCACCCGCGCCAAAGAAGACCCAAAACAAGAAGCAAAAGGCGCCUGCUGCGGCCACUGGCUGGUCGAACGCCUUCCGGGAGGUUGGCGCGGCCGCCGUGCCCAAGAACCGGAACGGCCCCAAGAUGAACCUCGUCGUCCACAACACGGAUGGCUUUAGCGCCCGCAGCCGCAACACCAAGGCGACUGCCGACGCUGGCAACUCGUGGAGCUCGAGUGCGAGUUGGAGCGACCCCGUGUCGGUGCCGACAGUAGCGACGGGAACAACGCCGUCGACCACCAAGAUUCAAGUCGUUUCGCAGGAAGACGUCUAUGGUAUGGACGGCCUCGACAUCAACCGCGCGCUGCAGCCCAACAAGGUGCCGAGCCGCACGAAGAGCGAUUUCCCGGAUUUGCCCAAGGCCGGUCCAGCGAUCGGCGUGCAGCCUGUGCACUUGGGUCGCAACGGCAACGGUAAUGCGUCGGGGCAGUGGGGUGAGAAGGCCACAACGCCGGAGCACGCGAAGCCGUCCAAGAAGAACAAGAAGAAAACCAUGUCGCUGGCCGAAGUGGCCAUGAAGUUUGGCUAA